ACUUCUACGCAUGUGUAGUAAAAGUAGAAGCUUCCGAUGUAAACACAGAAAAUGAUUUUUCGAAACAUUUCACGUUUAACUUCGAAAAGAUGUAUCAGUUAUAUACAGGGUCAAUCACCGGAACCAAAGAUUCGAGAAUACUUUUACUUUAUAGAUCAUCAUGGUCAACUGUUCCUUGAUGACGCUAGAAUGAAGAACUUUACAUCAUGCUUCAAAGAAAAAGAUUUUCUAGUGUUUUUCUUUAAAAGACUAAGAAUGAAUACAACAACCAGAUAUAAAGAAGAUUUUCCUUAUCUUUCUCUCUGUGGUCGAGAACGAAACUUUGUACGAUGUGAUGAUCAGCCAAUCGUUUACACCCAUAUCAUACCUUCAAAUAAUGACAGUGAAAACGAUCAGUUAUCAUAUGGAGGUGCAGGACCUGCUAUGACUGUAGAGUUUGAACCAGAGAAAAUAUGUAUGUUACCGAAUACUGGCCGUGUUUAUUAUCCAGCUAUAGAAAAGCUUGGUGGUAUUGGUUUGAUCAAAUCAAGUCUUGCUAUUGAUUUAAGUAAACAUUUUGAAUUUGGAAAUGAUGAGCAUAAUCCACCAACACAUUUUAACUGGAAGAAUCAAAAAUAUACUUUAACAAAUGAAUUGGUCAAAAUGGUAGAUUCUGAACAAUCAUAAAUAAUUGCUGUGAUGUGUUUCUGUAAUACAAAAUGUACUUAUUGAUAAAAGUGGAAUUACUUGAAUCAAACUAGUUCAAGGAAUUAUUCAGUCUCUCAGUUUCUACAGUGAAUGGAUGAUAAAUCUAUGUACUGAUAUGAAACAAGAUGUUUGAAGAAUGGUUUUUAUCUGUGAUAAAACUGGAUAAUAUAAUUAUAUGUAUAUUUAUGAAUGUUGUAUUUUUUUUUCUUGAAUAAAUUUGAAGGUAUA